AUGCGUCUCAAUCUCAGCGUCGGUGUUGCCUUUGGCCUUUUAUGUAUUGAAGCCACAUCAGCCGUAGCAAUUCCAAAAGUCGAAGUCAAUGGACUUGAAGCUCGACACAUCGGUCGUUGCCGUCAUCGAAGAUGUAAAAGCAAAACAAUAACUGCAACUGCUACUCGACCAGCAGGCACUAGUCUGACUCCAACAAUUGUUCUUACUACUGGCAAUGCCGAGCCGACCCCAACGGUCCCUGGAGGAGACGACGGUGACGAUGGAGAUGAUGAAGACGAGGCCGAAACUGACCUACCAGAGUCAUCUACCGUCCAGAGCACCGUUUCUCAAUCAACUAGCUAUGCUGUAUCUGCGACAUCAACCACCCUAGUAGCAGUAGCAGCUACCACAACGUCCGAGGAGACCGAAACUACCCAAUCGGUACCAGUUGAGACAGAGAUCUAUUCUUCACCUCCAGUUCUCCCAACCGACAGCGACCAAACCACUGAAAGCAGCGCGCCAGUCGCAACCAAGACGGUACUUCCAAUUCCUGCACCUACAGCAGCCACCUCGACCACUAGUCAAGCACCUCCUGUCACAUCUGUCACGAACACCCUAGUUUCUGGUGCAUACUGGAAACCCGCCGCUGGACUAAGCUGGCAAAUCCAACUCGCCGGGCAAGUGACAGAUCUCAAUAUCCCCGUCGACGUCUACGACAUUGACUAUGUUGAAUCCUCCGCCGAAAUGAUCUCCACCCUCCACGCCAACAACAAAAAAGUAAUCUGUUACUUUUCAGCUGGAUCAUUCGAGUCCUGGCGACCCGAUGCAUCCUCCUUCCAGGCGUCUGACAAAGGCGCAGCUCUCGAAGGUUGGGACAACGAAUGGUGGUUAAACACCAACUCAGCCAACGUCCGCACCAUCAUGAAAGCCCGUCUUGACCUCGCGAAAUCCAAAGGUUGCGAUGCCGUUGACCCUGAUAACGUGGACGUAUAUCACAACGCCAACGGCCUGGGCAUCACUGAGGCGCAAUCAAUCGACUAUCUAACCUUCCUCGCUACCGAAGCACAUGCACGGGGUAUGGCUAUGGGUCUCAAGAACGGCGUUGAAAUGGUUCCGCAGUUACUUGAUAUCAUGGACUUCCAAGUCAAUGAAUCUUGUAUGCAGUUUAACGAGUGCGAUAGACUCGCUCCUUUUAUCACGGCUGGAAAACCGGUAUUUCAUAUUGAAUAUAAUGACAACUCGGCAACGAAGAAACGUCAAGCUGCUACUGAUGCGAAUUGCUCUUUCAAGGGCGGACCUGGAUUCUCUAGUUUGUUGAAGAAUCCAAAUUUAGAUGCGUUCGCGCAAACUUGUGCUGGUACGCUUUCUCCUUGA